GUGGAGUUGGGAUUUGAUCCCAGGCACUCCAAUAUGGGAUGUGGGCAUGACACACAGCAGUUUAACCCACUAUACCACAAUGCCCACCCAACCUUAAGUUUUCUUGUCAUCACUGAGUCCUUUAAGCACAAUGUGUUCAUAGGAACUAGCCUAAUACAUUACUUACUGCAUCACAUUUAAUCUUUGCAAUACUCUUAAAAUGCAAAUAAUUAUCCCAGUUAUAACGAGGAGGAAAUCAGAGACAACAGUCCAAUAACUCACUGAAAAUAACAUUGUUUAUAAGUUAUGCAUACAACCACACAACAGUGUUUACUCUCUUCAGUUACAUAGGAAAGCCAUAAAUAUGACUGUGAAAAUAAAAGCAACGGAUAAAGUAGCUAACACAGGAAUGUUGUCUACAAAUACUGUUGCUAUAAAUUAUUUUGUAUACUUUUGAGCAAAUGUAUAGUUGUCAUAUUUCUUUAUUCCAAGUAGUUUCAGUAAGAAAAAUCAUAUCCCAUGGGGAACUUUAACUUACUGUUUGUACUUUAUUUGCAGGGAUCUUCAAACCACGUGACAGUUCUAAAUGGCCUAUGCCCCCGUGCCAUAUAUAUCAACCACUGGAUCCUCUUUAUGAAGCAAACUGUCCUAAUGUGACAGCAUAUGUGUGUGCUACAAACAUGCGUACUUACCAGAAUGAGUGUUUCUUCUGCACUGAACAGUGGGAAUUUGGUUCUCGUAUUCAAUUUGCCAAAUAUGGAAAAUGUGAUGAAUGAUUAACAGAAUACCUCCAUUUGCUUAUUCUUUUAGCUUCCAAAUAUUACUUCUUUUGAAAUUUGAUGGUGUAAAUUAAAUAACAUAUCCCUGUGCUGUACCAAAUUUGGAACAAAAUGGGGGAAAAAGGGAAUGUAACUCACAGAUAACCAAGUAUCACUUUAUUACAAAUAAACAUAAUAAAAAGGAACUAACUAAUGGACAAUUCAUUUUUGGGACCUGAUUAUUUAAAGAUAUCUAUUUUGGAGCUUCCAAGUUCUGUUCACCAAGUGGGUUUUCUGGCCCCCCAAUGAGUAAUGCUCACAGAGCACAAGCUUCCUUGCACAGCCACUCCACGCUGCGUUCGUCUCACUUGUAGACGAGCAAAAGAGAAAAUAUUUUCCCUGCAAAGGAGGGAGCCACUGAGUCACUUAGGCCUAUUGCUAUUUCUGCAAACUCCCCAAACAGAUAACCUAACACCUUUUUUAGUUGGAGAAGUAAGUUAUCAGAGAGAGAUGAGGAAUGUCAUGCCAAUGGAUGUCUGUUACUCAAAGCAGUGACACUAGCAUGGAAAUGAGGAGAUCCAAACUCUGCUCUCAGUCUUGUCACUGCUUAGUUUGUGUUAUAUUAGCUAUCAGUGUCCUUGGCUGUAGCAGUUCCAUAAUUAUCUUGGAUUGGAUUAUUUCAUUGCUUAUGUAGAAGAGUCACCCAUCACUUUGCCUGGUAUCUGGCCUCAGGCAGGUAAUGACCUUUGGUGAAAGUCACUAGUAUUCCUUCAUUUGUUAAGCAAGAUUCAGGUCUUUUGAUCUUCUAUGAGCUCACAUCAGGUAGCAAAAAUAUCUCACUAUAACCAACAUGGAAUGUUGUUAGCAGCUGUUUUGGGAAUUGAGGUUUAAAGAAAGCAAUGGAGUGGACAUCUUCUGCUGCUGUUUUCAUAUCCUUUUU